AUGAAGGUUGAAAAGAUGUUGGGAAAAGGUUGUGAAGCUUAUUUAACUUAUGUGAUGAAUUCAUUUAGUAAGGAGUUGAGAGUUCAGGAUAUUAGCAUUGUUAAGGAUUUUAAUAACGUGUUUCCUGAAGCGUUACUAGGUUUGUCACUGGAUCAUGAACUUGAUUUUGGUAUUGAACUCUAUCUUGAUGAUAUUUUGGUGUAUUCUCAUUCUAAGGAGGACCUCGAAUUGAGCGAGUGUGAAUAUUGGCUUAAGAAAGUGAGAUUUUUAGGUCAUGUUGUUUUGACUGAAGAAAUUCGAGUGGUUUCAAAGAAGAUUAAGGCGAUUUUAGUAUGGAAGGUGCCUAGGAGUGUUACUGAAGUUAUGAGUUCCUUGGGUUUAGCUGAGUAUCAUCCUGGAAAAGCGAAUGUUGUUGUUGAUGCUUUGAGUAGAAAGUCGAUAACGGAGUUGAGAGCUAUGUUUGCACGCUUGAGUUUAGUUAGUGAUGGUGGUUUGUUAGCUGAACUUCAAGUUGUGUGUACCGCAUUAAAUAGAUUUAAGGCAAACGAUUCUUACCGAGGCGCAUAUUGGUUCUUAUGCUAUGUAUUCGGUAGUGACAAGAUGUAUCAUGAUCUUAAAGAGAUUUAUUGGUGGUCUGGGUUGAAGCAUGGUGUUAUGAAUUUACUGACUCAAUGUUUGGUUUGUCAAAAAGUUAAGGCAGAGUAUCAGUUUCUUUCAGUUUUGUUGCAAUCGAUUGCGAUUCCUGAAUAG